AGAAGAGAAAGGGAAAAAAAAGAAAAGGGAGGGAAGGGCAACUCGUUGCACGCCACACCCGUUCUUCGACUACUAACCUCGACCCUCGACCCGUCAAUCCUGAUCCCUUCGUCUCUUUACUCUCGGUCGUCCGUUCUUCUGGCAAGCUCACCAACAAGAUCAUCACAGCAACAAAGCAAACCCCUCUCAGCGUCCCCCCUCGUCCCUCUCCUCGCUGCACUUCACGAAUACCAUAGCACCGUACCACAAAGUAUUCUUCAGCAGCACAGACGACACAGUGUACAAUCACCUCCCUACCUAACUACCUUGCAUUACCUACUUGCCUUAGUGCUGGAACGCCCACUCCCCCAUUUCCAUGGCCACCAACUGAGGUACUAACAAGUCCGACAUUGACUGGAGGAGAAAGAGAAGCCCAUCCCACCAAACUGCACACACACACUCACACCUACAACCCACCAACAUAGGUCAGCGCAAGUUGACCUACGAUUCUCGACCUCGCCAUGUCCCAGCCAGACAAGCCUGCUGCGACCAUUUCGCCCGAGGUCACAAAGGAAACGAAAGACAAGAGACUUUCGACCGACUCCGAUUCAGAUGAGGAGAAUCAGCAGGAUGCUUUCGAAGACGCCGCCGUCGACGUCGCCGAGGUAGCUGAGGUGGCCGAAGUCCGCUCCCUUACCCAGAGGACGCCUUCGGUCUCGAAACCGCCGCCCACCGAGGAAACGGACGCUGAACCCCCGAAAAAGGAGGAGAUCGAACAUGAAGAGGAUGCAGCAGCUCCGCCAUCACCGGCAAAGGAAACCAACCACUUUGUCGACGAAGAAUUCAAGAGCGACGACGACUAUAGCGAAAUUAAAAGGAAGGCGUCUCCCGUAUCCCACCGUCUCUCCAACACCUCCAAUUUGGACGACAUCAAGCUGGACGACGACCACCCUACUCUGCAAGAAUCAGAAUCGAAACCCAUUAGUCCUGUCGAAGAGAAACCCCCGCCCAAGAAGAUGUCCAUUAGCAGCAUCACCGGCGCCCUCCCAUCCAUGCCAUGGUCGCCGCCAGCCGAGCCAUCGCCCGCCAAAUCCCCUAUAGUCCCAGCCGCGGCCCCUCCGCAAACCGCUCCUUCUGCCGCACUGCCACCACCCCCAGGGCCGCCGACCAGGAAGCUCACAAGUCCCUUCUCCUGGCUGUCCCGCAACAGCACAAGCAAGGAAAAGGAGACCUCGCCUCCUCCUCAAGCCUCCCCUCGACGCAAUACUGCCAGCUCCAUCGCGACCUUGACAAGCAACUCCGAGAUGAUGCUCGGCAGGCUGGAUGAAGAGAAGGAGGGGGCCGGCGCCAGCGGUGUGCCCCGCCAUAGCUUGAAAGAUCGCUUCAAGAUGGUGCGGCUACGGGAAGAAGCGGGCAUCACGUUGCCGAGCGACGACGACAAACCUGCUCCACCCCCCAAAGGACUGGGUUUGAGCACCCCUCCUGCACAGAUCGGCAACGAUAAGGAGCUGGGGGCUGACCAGGCACCGAAGUCGCCACUACCCACGACCCCGAACCCGGCAUUGGCACCAGGGACGGUAUCUGGAGUCUCGGCCGGUCCAUCUGAUAUGUCGGAUGCUCAGGUAGACUGGGAUCUGUGGCAGUCUGUCGUCUACGAAGGCCCAGCGGUCGUUGCGCGAACGAGCUCCGAGGAGUUGAACAGGGCUAUAGCCAGCGGUAUUCCUAACGCCAUCCGAGGAGUCAUCUGGCAAGUCUUGGCCCAGAGCAACAACGAAGAGCUCGAGAUCAUGUACAGAGAGCUUGUGGUUAGAGGCACUGAUAAGGAAGUCAAUCGGAACAGCCAGAGCACCGUCAGUUCGGGAAGCAACGGAAACCUCAGCAUACAGAACGAUGUUGUCAACUCUUCUGCGUCGUCGAUUCAUUCGGAGCAUUCGGGCGCAAACGGCAUGCCCUCGCCCCACGAAAAGAGCGCCGAGGCCGUGUUGAAGGCACAGCAGGCGGCCACCGUGGCGAGGCAAAAGAAGCAAAAGGAGGACACCGCCAUGCUGCAGAAGCUGGAGAAGACCAUUCGGCGGGACCUGGGCGCGAGAACCAGCUUCUCCAAAUACGCGGCUGCGGCGGGGCUCCAAGAAGGCCUCUUCGGCGUGUGCAAGGCAUAUGCUCUGUUUGAUGAGGCAGUCGGCUACGCCCAAGGCAUGAACUUCCUUAUUAUGCCGCUCCUGUUCAAUAUGUCGGAGGAGGAAGCAUUCUGCCUGCUGGUACGGCUGAUGAACCAUUACCACCUACGCGAUCUCUUCAUCCAGGAUAUGCCCGGUCUUCACAAGAACUUGUACAUCUUCGAGCGCCUCCUCGAGGACUUUGAGCCCGCUCUGUACUGCCACCUCCGCCGCCGCAGCAUCUCACCGCAUCUAUACGCUACCCAGUGGUUCUUGACGCUCUUUGCCUACCGCUUCCCCCUGCAACUUGUGCUGCGUAUCUACGACUUGAUUCUAUCCGAGGGCCUGUCGGCGAUUCUGCGCUUCGGCAUCGUCCUGAUGCAGAAAAAUGUUGCCAACUUACUCGCCAUCUCGGAUAUGCAGCAGCUCACAGUCUUCCUUAAGGACAAGCUAUUCGACGCUUACAUUGACACGGCACCGAGCGCCGGAAGUAUCUUGGAAAACGGCUUCUUUGGAAGCUCCAGUUCGAGCAUGGACAAGGAAGUGUACCGCGCCGACCAGUUCGUCAGGGAUGCUUGCGAUGUGAAGAUCACCCCUGAGAUCCUGAAGGCUUACACCCUCGAAUGGGAAGAGAAAACGAGGGCGGAAAAGGAACGUGAGGCAGAGCUCGAGCAGUUGCGGAGCGCCAACAUCAACUUUGCCGUGAAGGUGCGCAAGCUCGAGGAACGUGUCGAGGCGUAUGACAGCGAGCAGGCAGCCCUCGCUACGGAACUGGUUCACACCAAGGUCGAGAACGAGGAGCUCAAGGAUGAAAACGAAAGUCUCAAAGGACAGGUUCGCGAGCUGCGUAACGUCAUCCAGAAGCAGCCCGAAGAGCUCGAGAAUGCAUGGAAGGCUGAGCGCGACGAUCUCAUGAAGCGCAACCAGAAGGUUCAUGAGGAGAACGAGAAGUUGGAGAAGGAGAUGGCAGAGUUGGAGGAGGAGCUUGUGCAGACCAAGAUGCAGUAUGCCGAGAUCAACUCUCAGCACGAGACACUUACACGGAAGUGGACGGACCUCAAGCGACAGUUUGCCUGAAGUGACGUGUCCGAAGUACAAUCCUGGUAAACCCAGAAGCAGAAUUCUCUGAACAUCUUAAUGUACAAAAAGUAAUUAUGGCUUCCCAUUAAGAAUGGAGAGGUUUGUGUUGUGUGCUUGCUGGCCGAACGCACAUCUGGGCGCCAAAGAUGGCUAUGGGGGCAACAAGGAACCGGGGAGGAGGAUCCAAGAAAUGGACAUUCAUGUUUGAUAUCCCAAGAAACAUUGCAACAACAGAGCUGUAGGAACACACCGGUGGAGACAAGCACAGGCGUAGAGUUGACAUUGGACUGGCCAGCCGCCCCUGACAUCAAAACGGGGCCUAUGCCGGAGGAAAGCCAUGUCGAGACAAACGGGAAGGAGUUCAUGGCGAUGAGUUGGCUUCCUUGAGUAGAAUUCUACAACUACGACACCAGUUACAGAAUAUGGCAAAACAGCACUUCACGUUAAAUAAGCGAAUGAACCCAUGUGUUUGAGGCAGGCAAAAACUUGGUG